AUGGAACCAAUUAAAUGUCAGCAGCCUGAAUUUGUUCCAAGCGGCGGCCACCGCACCCCUUUGCCGGAGAGUCCUCGAGUUCCUAUGGAGUUUCUGUCAAGGUCAUGGAGUGCUUCAGCUCUUGAAGUCACAAAAGCUAUUGCACCAACUCAUUCUCAACCACCUCUUUCAUCAUGCAUGCCUUCAAAUGGUUCUGGUUCUAUUCCUGAAGAAACCAGUAUCUACUCUAUCUCUGAAGAGCUCUCUACCAUGUCUAAGAAUCAGUUUUCUUUCACUUCCUCUGCUACUUCACAGCUCGUCCUUGAACGCAUUAUGUCACACUCUGCUAGAGAGGAAGUGUCACCGUUAACAUCAGGUAGAUUAUCUCACAGCAGUGAGCCUUUGAAUGGUAAUGGUUCAUUAACAGGAACGGACAGUCCACCGAUUUCUCAUUCAGAUGAAUUUGACGAUGUUGUCAAGUUUUUUCGGGCAAACAAUUCCAUUCACCCAUUAUUCAAUGGUGGAAGAGCAAACGGGGCCAUUGGCAAUGUCACAUCCAGUUCAAGACCUAAAACUGUAGGAAGGUGGUUGAAAGAGAGAAGAGAAAAAAAGAAAGAAGAAAACAGAACACAUAAUGCUCAGAUGCAUGCUACUAUUAGCGUGGCCGCAGUUGCUGCUGCUAUAGCAGCCAUUGCAGCCGCAACAGCUGCCUCAUCGACACCAAACAAGGACGAGAAGAUGGCCAAGACUGACGUGGCUGUUGCUUCCGCUGCCACGUUAGUUGCUGCACAAUGUGUGGAGGCUGCUGAAGCAAUGGGAGCUGAGCGCGACCACCUUGCUUCGGUGGUCAGCUCAGCUGUGAACGUCCGUUCUCACGAUGAUAUAUCUACUCUUACUGCUGCAGCUGCCACAGCUCUCCGAGGAGCGGCGACAUUAAAAGCUAGAGCUCUGAAGGACGUAUGGAAUGUUGCUGCAGUAACACCACUGGAGAAAGGAAUAGGGGGCAUGACAAUAAGUGGAAAAGGGAACAACAUAAACAACAGCAACAGCAGCACCAGUGACAGUGGAGAAAUUAUAAAUGCAGAUAAUUUUACAGGUUCCGCUAUUGAAGAGCUACUUGCAAAGGGCAGUGAAUUGCUCAAACGCACCCGUAACGGCGAUCUCCAUUGGAAAAUAGUUUCUGUUUACAUACAUCGAACCGGACAGGUAAAGCUAAAAAUGAAGAGCAAACUUGUUGCAGGAAAAAUUACAAAAAAGAACAAGAAUAUUGUGCUAGAUGUGUGCACAGAUUUACCAGCAUGGCCAGGAAGAGAUAUUUUAGAAGAUGGAGAAAAACGACACUACUUCGGAUUGAAAACAGACACGAGAGGAAUCGUCGAGUUCGAGUGUAGAACUCAAAAAGAAUAUGAUAUAUGGACGCAAGGAGUUUCUAGGCUUCUGUCAAUCGUCAGGCAAAGACAAAACAAAUACAACAAUUGA